CCUUCAGGUACCACCAGCUGAUUUCUUGGAAGGCCACUUGGCGGUAUGGUGGGGGGUGUUUCAUUGGAAAUAGUACAAAGUAAGAACUCUCUCAACGACUAGCGUCAGUGGCCGUCAGCUUUGCACCAGCUGCUGUACGUCAAUGAAACAAAAAUUAUAGUAAUUGUUGAAAAAAAAUUGGAGAGAAAUUCAAGAAGCCAUGCGGACCUGGGGAAAGUGGUUUGUUGUGCUGCUGGUGAUGCUGAUCGGUUCUGCCCAGACGAAUGCAAGAAGGAGAAAAAAUCCACGAAAUCGUCGUGUAAACGCCACUAAAAAUUCCACAGCCUUCGACGUCCUGAUUUUCACGCAGCACUGGCCCCAGACAGUGUGCUAUACCUGGAAACAGGAAUCCCCAGAUCACAGCUGUGAUUUGCCGCAUGACGACGAGUGGACAAUCCACGGACUGUGGCCAACAAAAUUCCACAAACUUGGGCCCCAAUUUUGCAAUCCAUCUCUACAUUUCAAUGUGGCAGCCCUGUCCCCGAUCCAGAAGGAAAUGGAGGUAAAGUGGAUUGAUGUUGAAAAUGGUACAAAGCCCUUUUCAUUCUGGAAACACGAGUGGCAGAAGCAUGGCACCUGCUCAGCUGUCCUUGAGCCCCUGAACACUGAACUCAAGUAUUUCGAGAUGGGACUGAAACUCCUGGAUGUUUACGACAUGAAACAUGUCCUUGAAAAGGCCGACAUCCACCCUGGACUGUCCUACCCGGUUCAAGCCUUUCUCGAUGGAGUUUACAAAGUUCUGGGGAAGAAGUGUCAAGUGGAAUGCGUCUCCAAUAAAAAGGAGAAGAAGUCUUACCUCUUCGAAAUUAGGAUUUGCUUCGAUAAGUCAUUGAAUUUAAUUGACUGCGAUGGCGUCGCGGGAUUUCCGACGAAUUGCUCCCCGAAGAGGCAAAUCCUGUAUCCUGGGACUGUCCCAAUAGAAUAUCAUGUAUUACAAAUUUAAUUCAUCCAUUUAGUUUGAAUUUUAAAACGAAAGUAAAAAGUCAUAUCAAUUAAUGUACAGCGAAAUUGCGCUGUAAGACUCUCCGGAACCAGCGGGUGAUAAAUUUGUUGAAAAAAUUUUCUUUUGCCCGCUUGUUCCUGAGAUACUUCUAAAGUUGCUGAAUAGUCAAUUUAAUCAUGGAAAUCAUAUCGAAGAAUCUCAUCUGCUAUUUUUUUAUGAAUUUAUAAAGUUGUAAUUAUUUUUGAAUGAAAUAUUUUUUGUACAA